CUGACUGCCGAGGCGGACGGUACCUGCGGCCUGCGCUCACCUGUCCCCCCCACCUCUAGCAUCAGGAACCGGAUGGCAGUCCAAAACAAAACGGUCAACAAAGGACGUGCCACGAAUGUUCACGCCGCCGCGGCCGGUCGGAUCCACGAAGGGACGAGGGCUGCUCGGGGGAGCAGGGACCCCUCGAUUACACAACACCUGACCGCCUCACUCGAACCUUAG